GCCCUGGCUGUGGGAGGGGACUGGGAAGACUGGCUCUCCAGAGCAGGAAGCCAGGCCGCAGGCAAAGGAGGCUGCGGGGCCCCUCGCUGGAGAGGCAAACAGGAAGGACUGCCCCCUGAGCCCUGGGUCCCCGGCCCGGGAAUCGCCGCCACCGCAGAGCCGCAGCUCCCGGCCGAGGGUAAGGAGACGAGCCGGGAGCGGGCGGCCAGGGGAGAGUUCCGCGGGCCCCGUCACCCGGUCCCAGGCGAGCCCCGCCUCCCGGGCUCCCGCCGCUGCGAUGAAGGCGGGCUCGGGGGAUCAGGGGAGCCCCCCGUGCUUCCUGCGCUUCCCGCGGCCCGUGCGGGUGCUAAGCGGCGCGGAGGCCGAGCUCAAGUGCGUGGUGCUGGGGGAGCCGCCGCCCACUGUCGUGUGGGAGAAGGGCGGGCAGCCCCUGGCGGCCUCGGAGCGCCUGAGCUUCCCGGCGGACGGCGCCGAGCACGGCCUGCUGCUGAGCGGCGCGCUGCCCACCGACGCGGGGGUUUACGUGUGCCGCGCCCGCAACGCGGCUGGAGAGGCCUAUGCAGCGGCUGCCGUCACCGUGCUGGAGCCGCCGGCUCCCGAGCCCGAGCCCCAGCCCGCCGAGGGCCCGCUGCCGCCGCCCGGGGCCGGAGAGGGCGCCCCGGUGUUCCUGACGGGGCCCCGGUCCCAGUGGGUGCUGCGGGGGGCGGAGGUGGUGCUGGAAUGCCAGGUGGGGGGCCUCCCCGAGCCCACGCUGUACUGGGAGAAAGACGGGAUGGCGCUGGACGAAGUGUGGGACAGCAGCCACUUCGCGCUCGAGCCGGGCCGCACCGAGGGCCGCCCAGGAGCGAGCCUGGCGCUGCGCAUCCUGGCGGUGCGGCUGCCGGACUCGGGCGUCUACGUGUGCCACGCCCGCAACGCGCACGGCCACGCGCGGGCCGGCGCGCUGCUGCAGGUGCACCAGCCCCCCGAGAGCCCGCCCGAGGACCCCGACGAGGUCCCCAAGCCCGUGGUGGAGCCACUCAAGUGUGCGCCCAAGACCUUCUGGGUAAACGAGGGCAAGCACGCCAAGUUCCGCUGCUACGUGAUGGGCAAGCCUGAGCCCGAGAUCGAAUGGCACUGGGAGGGCCGCCCGCUGCUCCCCGACCGCCGUCGCCUCAUGUACCGCGACCGCGGUGGCGGCUUCGUGCUCAAGGUGCUCUACUGCCAGGCCAAGGACCGCGGCCUCUACGUGUGCGCCGCUCGCAACUCGGCGGGCCAGACGCUCAGUGCUGUGCAGCUGCACGUCAAAGAGCCCCGCUUCCGCUUCACCAGGCCCCUGCAGGACGUGGAGGGCCGGGAGCAUGGGAUUGCAGUGCUGGAGUGUAAAGUCCCCAACUCCCGCAUUCCCACGGCCUGGUUCCGCGAGGACCAGCGGCUGCUGCCCUGCCGCAAGUACGAGCAGAUCGAGGAGGGCGCCGUCCGGCGUCUCAUCAUCCACAGGCUGAAGGCGGAUGACGAGGGCGUCUACCUGUGCGAGAUGCGUGGCCGGGUGCGCACCGUGGCCAACGUGACGGUCAAAGGGCCCAUCCUGAAGCGCCUGCCCCGGAAGCUCGACGUCUUCGAAGGAGAGAACGCGGUGCUGCUGGUGGAGACGGGCGAGGCUGGGGUGGAAGGGUGCUGGACCCGAGAUGGGGAGGACCUGCCUGCCAUCUGCCAGAGCAGCUCCGGCCACAUGCAUGCCCUGGUCCUGCCAGGGGUCACCCGAGAGGAUGCUGGCGAGGUCACCUUCAGCCUGGGCAACUCCCACACCACCACUCUGCUCAGAGUCAAAUGCAUCAAGCACAACCCUCCUGGCCCCCCGCUGUUGGUGGAGAUGUUUAAGGGCCACAAGAACACAGUCCUACUGACCUGGAAGCCUCCCGAACCAGCUCCUGAGACCCCCUUCAUCUACCGGCUGGAGCGGCAGGAAGUGGGCUCAGAAGACUGGAUCCAGUGCUUCAGCAUUGUGAAAGCUGGCGCUGUGGAGGUGCCCGGAGACUGUGUGCCCUCCGAGGGCGACUACCGCUUCCGCAUCUGCACCGUCAGCGAACACGGCCGCAGUCCCCACGUUGUGUUCCACGGGUCUGCUCACCUCGUGCCCACAGCUCGCCUGGUGGCUGGUCUAGAGGACGUGCAGGUAUAUGACGGGGAAGAUGCCGUCUUCUCCCUUCAUCUCUCCACCAUCAUCCAGGGCACCUGGUUCCUUAAUGGGGAAGAGCUCAAGAGUCAUGUGCCAGAGGGCGAGGUGGAGCCUGGGGCCCUGCGGUACCGUGUGGAGAAGAAGGGCCUGCAGCACAGACUCAUCCUGCAAGCUGUCAAGCACCAGGACAGCGGGGCCCUGGUCGGCUUCAGCUGCCCAGGCGUGCAGGACUCAGCCGCCCUCACCAUCCAAGAGAGCCCGGUGCACAUCCUGAGCCCCCAGGACAACGUGUCGUUGACCUUCACGACCUCGGAGAGGGUGGUGCUGACCUGUGAGCUCUCCCGGGUGGACUUCCCAGCGAGCUGGUACAAGGACGGGCAGCGGGUGGAGGAGAGUGAGUCGCUGGUAGUGAAGAUGGAUGGACGCAAACACCGCCUGAUUCUGCCCGAGGCCCAAGUCCAGGACAGCGGCGAGUUUGAGUGCAGAACGGAAGGGGUCUCAGCUUUCUUCAGCGUCACGGUCCGAGACCCCCCAGUGCACAUCCUGGACCCCCGGGAGCACGUGUUUGUGCAUGCCAUAACAUCGGAGUGCGUCAUGCUGACCUGUGAGGUGGACCGGGAGGGCGCCCCUGUCCACUGGUACAAGGACGGGCAGGAAGUGGAGGAGAGCGACUUCGUGGUGCUGGAGAACGAGGGGGCCCAUCACCGCCUCGUGCUGCCUGCUGCCCAGCCUCCGGACGGGGGCGAGUUCCAGUGCGUUGCUGGGGACGAACGCGCCUACUUCACUGUCACCAUCACAGACGUCUCCUCGUGGAUCGUGUACCCCAGUGGCAAGGUAUACGUGGCAGCCGUGCGCCUGGAGCGCGUGGUGCUGACCUGCGAGCUGUGCCGGCCCUGGGCCGAGGUGCGCUGGACCAAGGAUGGUGAAGAGGUGGUGGAGAGUCCGGCGCUGCUCCUGCAGAAGGAGGACACCGUCCGCCGCCUGGUGCUGCCCGCCGUCCAGCUGGAGGACUCCGGCGAGUACUUGUGUGAAAUCGAUGAUGAAUCUGCCUCUUUCACCGUCACUGUCACAGAACCCCCAGUCCGCAUCAUAUACCCCCGGGACGAGGUGACCUUGGUCGCCGUGAGCCUGGAGUGUGUGGUGCUGAUGUGUGAGCUGUCUCGGGAGGAUGCCCCCGUGCGCUGGUACAAGGAUGGGCUGGAGGUAGAGGAGAGCGAGGCCCUGGUGCUGGAGAGUGACGGCCCCCGCCGCCGCCUGGUGCUGCCCGCUGCCCAGCCGGAGGACGGGGGCGAAUUCGUGUGUGACGCCGGAGAUGACUCAGCCUUCUUCACUGUCACCGUCACAGCCCCCCCAGAGAGGAUUGUGCAUCCAGCAGCUCGUGCCCUGGACCUGCAGUUCGGGGUUCCAGGGCGUGUGGAGCUUCGCUGCGAGGUGGCCCCAGCUGGGUCCCAGGUGCGCUGGUACAAGGAUGGGCUGGAGGUGGAAGCAUCAGACGUCCUGCAGCUGGGUGCUGAGGGGCCCGUUCGCACCCUGACCCUGCCCCAUGCUGAGCCUGAGGACGCCGGGGAAUAUGUGUGUGAGACUCGUGAUGAAGCUGUCACCUUCAAUGUCAGCCUGGCUGAGCCCCCUGUCCAGUUCCUUGCCCCAGAGGCAGCCCCCAGCCCGCUCUGUGUGGCCCCCGGGGAUCCGGUGGUGCUGAGCUGUGAACUGUCCCGGGCUGGCGCCCUUGUCUUUUGGAGCCACAACGGGAGGCCAGUUCAGGAGGGCGAGGGCCUGGAGCUCCAUGCCGAGGGCCCCCGCCGCAUCCUCUGCAUCCGGGCUGCAGACCCGGCCCAUGCGGGCCUCUACACCUGCCAGUCCGGGGCAGCCCCGGGGGCUCCCAGCCUCAGCUUCACUGUCCAAGUGGCUGAACCACCGCCAGUGAAGCUGAUCUCAGAGCUGACACCCCUAACUGUCCACGAGGGUGACGAUGCCACAUUCCGGUGUGAAGUCUCCCCACCAGAUGCCGAUGUCACCUGGCUGCGCAAUGGGGCUGUUGUCACCCCAGGGCCCCAGCUAGAGAUGGCCCAGAAUGGGUCAAGCCGCACACUGACUCUGCGAGGCUGCCAGCUUGAGGACGCAGGGACCGUGACUGCCCGAGCAGGGGGCACAGCCACAAGUGCCCGGCUCCAUGUUCGAGAAACGGAGCUGCUGUUCCUGCGGCGCCUGCAGGAUGUGCGGGCGGAGGAAGGCCAGGACGUGUGCCUCCAAGUGGAGACAGGCCGAGUGGGUGCAGCAGGGGCCGUGCGCUGGGUGCGAGGGGGGGUGCCCCUCCCCCCCGACUCCCGCCUGGCCACAACGCAGGAUGGCCAUGUCCACCGCCUCCUCAUCCAUGGCGUCGUACCAGCCGACCAGGGCACCUAUGGCUGCGAGAGCCACCACGAUCGCACCCUGGCCAGGCUCAGCGUCAGGCCAAGGCAGCUAAGGGUGCUGCGGCCUCUGGAGGAUGUGACCAUCACGGAGGGGGGCAGCGCCACCUUCCAGCUGGAGCUAUCCCAGGAGGGCGUGACCGGGGAGUGGGCCCGGGGCGGCGUCCGGCUGCAGCAGGGGCCCACGUGCCAAAUUCACACAGAGGGCCACACUCACCACCUGGUACUCAGUGGCCUGGGCCUGGCCGACUCCGGCUGUAUCUCCUUCACCACGGAUGCCCUGCGCUGUGCGGCCAGACUCACUGUGAGAGAGGCCCCAGUGACCAUUGUGCAGGGGCCACAGGACCUAGAAGUGACCGAGGGCGACACAGCUACAUUCGAGUGCCAGCUUUCCCAGGCCUUGGCUGACAUCACCUGGGAGAAGGACGGGCGGCCUCUCACUCCCAGCCCUCGGCUCAGGCUCCAGGCCCUUGGCACACGCCGUCUUCUCCAGCUGCGGCGCUGCGGUCCCAUGGAUGCCGGAAACUACAGCUGCACCGUGGGGAUGGCCCGCGCCGGGCCCGUCCACCUGGUGGUGCGCGAGCGCAAGGUGUCUGUGCUCUCGGAACUCCGGUCGGUGCACGCUCGAGAAGGCGACGGAGCCACAUUCGAGUGCACCUUGUCGGAGGUCGAGACCACCGGGAACUGGGAGCUUGGAGGCCGCCCGCUGAGACCCGGAGGGCGCAUCCGCAUCCGACAAGAAGGAAAGAAACAUUUUCUGGUGCUGAGCGAGCUGUGCCCGGAGGACGCUGGUGAGGUCCGCUUCCAGGCGGGAUCCGCCCAGUCUGUGGCUCAGCUGGAGGUGGAGGCACUGCCUCUCCAGAUGUGCCGCCGCCCCCCUCGCGAGAAGUCGGUUCUGGUCGGCCGCCGGGCGGUGCUGGAGGUGACCGUGUCCCGCUCGGGGGGCCAAGUGUGCUGGUUGCGGGAGGGGGUCGAGCUGUGCCCGGGAGACAAGUAUGAGCUGCGCAGCCAUGGCGCCACCCACAGCCUGGUCAUCCAUGACGUGCGACCUGAGGACCAGGGCACCUACUGCUGCCAGGCCGGCGCAGACAGUGCCCACACACAGCUGCUGGUGGAGGGUGAGUAAAGCCAAUGGCGCAGAGGUCAGAGAGGCAGGCGGCUGGCCAGGGGGUGUCCUAGGAGCUGGUGGGCUGAGACACACCUCCUGCAGGUUUUCCACAACUUGAGAUGGCAAGUUGGCUCUGAGAUGUGUUGGAGGUGGGGGGUGGGGGAUCACAGCCAGGGCGGAGGAGAGACAGCCUGUGUUCUCCACAGGAACCACUUGGUUCCUGCAGCUGUUCCCACCUUUCUACGCCCCUUCCUGUCUGAGCUUCCCCUCACUCCCUUUUGUCUCUAGACCACGUUUGGCUCUCCUGAAUGCCCCAUUUGUACCCAAGUUCCUCUCCUUCCCACCUACCAGCCCCUGGUCUGUGCCCCUGACCUGCCCCUCAUGCUCUCCUGCUUUCUGCUCAGCUGGCUUCUUCCUGUCUCAGUGAGGCUCCACAUCAGCCUGGGCAGAGGACUUCUGGGCUGGGCCCAAUUUUUUCCUCUCCCGCAAAGGAGAUGCCCCACCUUCCACCUGAAUUUCUGCAUCCCCUGUCUUGGCCCACCUCUACCUGUACCACCGCCACUUUCCUGCCCCCACAGACAGCCUUGACAGAGGCCUAGAAAGAGUAGGGCAGAGGGUGAGGACUCAGCUCUUCUCUGUGGGUGCCCAGGCUCUGCCAGGGGAUAAGAAGGUGGUACCCACUCUCUCCCUAGCCCCACUCGCAGUCAUUCCUCUGCAGGUAGCUAGGAGGACCGAACCUGGCCAGGCGGGUGCCCUUGGACAGCGUGGAAGGCACAUGCCCUUACCCUGGGAAGGGGU